GUUCUCCCGACCCAAGUGGGGCAGGAUGGCGCCGGUGAGGCCGUCUUCGAAGUGGCGGGCCGGAGGAUUUGCGGCGCGCGAGGAAGGGACGCCUCAGGUCGCAUCCAAGAACCAUAGUGGGAAACGCAGGACCUGGCGGCCUAGCCACCAGCAAGCCUUCCCCGGAAGCGUUCGCGAGGGACAAGGUUUUGCAUUUCGGAGGAAACUGAAGAUCCAGCAAAAUUACAAGAAAUUGCUAUGGAAGGUAAAGAAGGCAUCAACGUCCCAGGAAUCCCAGUUCACUGAUCAUUACCCAGACCAUCUGAAACACCUCUAUUUAGCUGAAGAAGAAAGACUCAAGAAACAGCGGAGAAAGGUUGGUCUGCCUCCCUCAGAAGAACAAGUUGACCAGCCUGUGCCUGAAGAAGAGUGUAACACUGAACAGACUUUGUCUGAGAAACAGUCUAGUGAUCACCAGUCUCAGCCAGAGCAGCUGUGUACACCAAAUUCUGUCACUGUUCCAAAGAAAAAGAAAACUUCAAACCAAAAGGCACAAGAAGAGUAUGAACGGAUACAAGCAAAGCGUGCUGCUAAGAAAUUUGAAUUUGAAAUGAGAAAGCGAGAACGAGAAGAGGCUCAGAGGCUCUACAAGAAGAAGAAGAUGGAAGCUUUCAAAGUCCUGAGCAAAAAGACUAGAAAGGGCCAGCCAAACCUGAAUCUGCAGAUGGAGUAUCUUCUCCAGAAGAUACAAGAAACCAGUUAAACUAGACAUUAAAUGCCUAUGGACUGGUGCAUCUGUUUGUGUGUUGGGAGCACCAGUGAACUAAAUUUGCUGAUGUCAAUGGAUUGCUGAAUUACUUUUUUGUUUUUGUAAUAAAAAAAAAUGCUAUAUAUUUUUUUCCACAAAGAAUGACUUAUCCUGAAGAACUUUAAAACUUUCCAUGGAAGUUGUAUGAAAUAAAAACUGUUUGAAAUAGGAGGCCUGAGCUCACAGGUGAAGCAUUUCAGUGAUGGAAACACGUUUCAGUGCAACAAGCUCAGUGCAACUGUAAGACCCCCGAAGGGAGACCCUCACUCAAAUCUCGGGAAUAGCGCGCACCCAGUGAGUCACCGAGACCCGGACUUGCUGCAAUCACACGAGGAAGUUUAUUGAAAAAGUAAUUGAAUGAGAUCUCAAGCCAGCAUGCUAGGGUCGAGGCUCAAAGGAGUUCGACCCCGACCCAAACUUGUGACAAGCUUAUAAAGGCAAAAACCAUAAAGGAGGGGAGGGGGACUAGGGAGGAAAUAGAGGAAGCCCAAAGUUACACAUUCACUCAUAAAGGCAAAAAACACAAAGGAGGGAGGAGGACUAGGGAGGAAAUAGGGGAAGCCCAAAGUUACACAUUUACUCAUCAGUUAAACUAUGUGGACACACCUGGAGCGUUUGAACUUUUCACAGAGGUCGUUGGGACAUCCUGUGGCUAUUCCAGGAGCUGUUUUUUUGUUUUUUGUUUUUUUUUUAUGAGAGUUCGGGGAGCGGCCACCUGCAGGGGACGGGAGCCCCCAAGGUGACGAGCCCAUGUUCUUAUAGACAGCUAGUAAUUUUUACUCUUCACAACAAGCAUCCACAGCACCGGGGGCUUGCUUACUGGGAACUAGGUCCUUGCGUUUCAGUGCAGCAAGCAGCAAGCAGCCACAGCACUGGGGGCUUGCUUACUGGGAAUUAGGUCCUUGUGUUUCAGUGCAGCAAGCAGCCACAGCACCAGGGGCUUGCUUACUGGGAACUAGGUCCUUGUACUUGUUUGGCAGUUGGAUUACCAUUAAAGUACAUUGUAUCCCUGGGAGUUUUGUGAUAGGGUUCCCGUGCUGCUUCUAAGUCUCAUGCUGGUCUCAAACUUGUGAUCAUCUUGCCUCUGCCACCAGGGCACCACCGUGCCUAAUAGAUUGUAUCGUGUUUAAAUUAAAUUCAUUUUAAUGAUAAAGAA